GUCCGCAGUCUCUGGUCAUCUCCUGUACUGUGUCCGCAGUCUCUGGUUAUCUCCUGUAGUAUGUCUCCGCAUUCUCUGGUCAUCUCCUGUACUGUGUCCGCAGUCUCUUGUCAUCUCCUGUACUGUGUCCGCAGUCUCUGGUCAUCUCCUGUACUGUGUACGCAGUCUCUGGUCAUCUCCUGUACUAUGUACGCAGUCUCUUGUCAUCUCCUGUACUGUGUCCGCAGUCUCUGGUCAUCUCCUGUACUGUGUCCGCAGUCUCUGGUCAUCUCCCGUAGUAUGUCCGAA